AUGCGAGGUGCGCUUGGAAAUUGGGUAAAUUUGGGAACGCCUAGGCUGAAGGUUCCGCUCGCGGGGAGGAAAGGACGGGGCGGGCACAGGGGAGGAGGCAAGGAGGGACCCGAGGGGAGGCGGCGGAGGAGGAGUAUAAAAGGCCCGGGCCAGCCCGGGCGCCCGCCACUCCGAGCCCCUUGGAGAAGGCGGGCGUCCGGGCAGGAUGCGCUGCGCCGCUGCGGUGAGCUGAGCCCAGCCCCGGACCCGGCUCUCUCGUGCAUCCGAGGCGAGGACCGCGCGCCCUCUGCUCGACCCUCGAGCCCUUCUACCGGCCGGCUGUCCCCUGCGAGGCAUGAGCGGCGCGCGGGAGCCCGAGGUUUCAGCGCGGUCAUGAGACGCUGGACCGGGAGCGGCAACUGGGCGACGGCAGCCCCCAGGGCCCCUCCGGGCGCGGCGCCUCCGGGAUGA